GACCAAACGGACAGAGGGAGCGCGAGGAAGAGGAGGAGGAGGGCGAGUGGGGGCGGAGCCUAAGCCGCCGCGGGGCCUCGCUCCGUCAGUCGCUGCGCUGAGGCGUCUGUGGCUGUUUGUUGUUUUCCGCCCAGGAGGGGCGGCAGGGAAGCUCGCCUUGCUCAGCCGCCGCCGCCGCCGCUCUCCCCCCGCCGCCCUGGGAAGAUGCCGCUCUUCACCAGCAACCCCUUCGACCAGGAUGUGGAAAAAGCAACUAGUGAAAUGAAUACUGCUGAAGACUGGGGGCUCAUCUUAGAUAUUUGUGAUAAAGUUGGACAGUCACGAACUGGGCCUAAGGACUGUCUUCGGUCUAUUAUGAAGAGAGUGAACCACAAGGAUCCCCAUGUUGCUAUGCAAGCACUGACCCUUUUAGGAGCAUGUGUCUCAAACUGCGGUAAAAUAUUUCAUUUAGAAGUAUGUUCAAGAGAUUUUGCUAGUGAAGUAAGCAACGUGCUAAAUAAGGGUCAUCCAAAAGUCUGUGAAAAAUUGAAAGCACUCAUGGUGGAAUGGACAGACGAAUUCAAGAAUGAUCCCCAGCUUAGUCUGAUAUCUGCAAUGAUAAAGAACCUUAAGGAACAGGGUGUUAUGUUUCCAGUUAUUGGUUCACAGGCUGCAGAACAAGCAAAAGCAAGCCCAGCUCUAGUAGCCAAAGAUCCUGGGAUAGUAGCCAACAAGAAGGAGGAAGAGGAUCUAGCUAAAGCUAUUGAAUUGUCACUUAAGGAACAAAGACAACAACAAACGCCGCUUUCCACUCUUUAUCCAAGCACCUCAAGCCUCUUAACUAAUCACAAGCAUGAGGGCCGAAAGGUUCGGGCUAUUUAUGACUUUGAAGCUGCUGAAGAUAAUGAACUAACAUUUAAAGCUGGAGAACUUAUCACUGUACUUGAUGACAGUGAUCCAAACUGGUGGAAAGGUGAAACGCAUCAAGGGACAGGAUUAUUUCCUUCUAAUUUUGUAACUGCUGAUCUUACUGCUGAACCAGAAAUGAUGAAAACCGAGAAGAAAACCGUGCAAUUUAGUGAUGAAGUUCAAGUUGAAACAAUUGAACCAGAGCCUGAACCAGUUUAUAUUGAUGAAGAUAAAAUGGACCAACUGUUGCAGAUGCUGCAAAGUGCAGAUCCAGGUGAUGAUCAGCCAGACCUCCCAGAGCUGAUCCACCUUGAAACAAUGUGCCAUCAAAUGGGACCGCUCAUUGAUGAAAAGCUAGAAGACAUUGACAGGAAACAUUCUGAGCUGUCAGAGCUCAAUGUGAAAGUGAUGGAGGCACUCUCCUUAUAUACCAAGUUGAUGAAUGAGGAUCCAAUGUAUUCAAUGUACUCAAAACUACAAAACCAACAAUAUUAUAUGGCUCAGUCCGGUGUUUCUGGCUCUCAGGUUUAUCCAGGACAACCUCAAAGCAAUGCAUAUUUGGUGGCAGGAAAUGCACAGAUGGGUCAUGUUCAAGCCUACAGUCUUCCAUCAGAGCAGCUACCACCUCUGAAUCAAGGCACAAUUACUCCAGCAGCAAGCUCUGGAUUACCUAGUCAGCCAGUUCAGACAUCUUACACAAACACAAUGGUUGGUUCUGUUCCAGGAAGCACGUAUUCUAGCCAAGCUUCAGUCUACAGCCCACCCCCAACUGCUGCUACUGCUGAUGUCGCUGCUUACCAGAAUUCUGGAACUAUAUCUCAGGUGCCAAACUAUAACUUAGUCGCCUCAUCCCUGCCGCAGCCACCAGGCAGCCAACCACCACCACAGCAACAACCUCCAUCAUCAAAACAAAACACUUAUUCCCAGAAGGCACUACUAUAGGAUAGAGGACUUCUGAUUCCUAAUCUACUCUAACCUCUGCUGACGGCAGUUUACAAUGUUAUGAGUUUAUUCCUUUAAUAUCUUAAACGUGGGUUAUCCUCGGCUUAAUAGGAAUCUUUCUUGGUGAACAAGUAUAAUGAUUCUAUUUGCACUGACUUUUUAGGAUUAUUAUUUUUUUAAUUUGCAAAGGAAUUAAAAUACUUAGAGGACAUUUAAUUCCUUUAAAAAUGCCUAAAAUUGGUACAAGGUUAUUUAUGUCUGCUGAAACUGGCUAGUUUGUGACGAGUCAACUUGGCAAACUGUUGUGGCAUAUAUGUUUAUGUACAUAUAGUGUGUUUGUGUUAGUGGCCGUUUUGAAUUACUAUGGUGAUCAUGUGAAUAUAUAACACAGUGUUAAAAUAAUUUACUGUUUUAUUAAUCAUGAACAGAUGGAACAUGUUCAUGGAUUUUAUAAGGAUGUUUGUUCAGAGUGUAGGAGAAGGCUCUAACCUGCAUAUCACAAAUACUUACUGGCUAUGGAUAUGCUCUUGAAACUGAAUUGCCUAGUUUUUUCAUUAAUUGUACAUUGAAUGUGAGUGUGUCCUUCCUUCCUGUAGCCUUUGGGUGCUACUAGAUGACACUAUCUACCAAAGUAAGGGGUCUAGAACUUCAGACACUCUGCAUUCAGAAAAGAUUCUGCUUUUAUGAAUAAUGGUUUCAAAAUAAUAACUUGCAAGCUGCUAAACAUAUGGGACCAUGAAACACAUCUGAACCAUUUUAUCUUUUAUUGUUUAAAUUAUGUAACUUACAUUUUCAUGCUAGUUUUGUGUCACCUGAAUGCUGAAUAGUUAUAUUCUGUGUACGUUGGUGGAGAUCACACCAAAGACAGAGAGGGGGCACUUUGGAUGUGAGUGAGUGGCAUUUUUAAACUGGAACAAGAAGAAACACUACAUUUAUUAAAGUCUUGUUAAGGACUGCCAUAAUUGUCAGAUUGCUUCGUUAUGUGUAUGGUGUUAAAAUAUUGUAGCUUUUUUAUCCAGAGUAUGUCUACUGCACCUAAUGCAGAUCAUCUCCCAAGUACAUCCAGAAGUUCUAGCCAUGGAAAUGGUGUUUAUGCCCUCUGUUUUCAUGGGGAGACUUCGGAUUAACUGUUCGUGCCUUGAGCGGUGGAGCAAGCUUAGUUCUCUCUUCGCAGCAGCUUGGGGAACAUUUUCUGUAGAAUUCAUCAGCGAACUUUAGCAUUUAUCUGAACAUAGAAUAGUGGGUACCUCUUUCUCUCUCUGUUUUUUUUUUUAAUUCCACUUAUUUCUUUCUACCUGCAGGCAUUGCUAUUUCCCUGCAGGUAUUUAUCUCUGUCUUUUGCUGCACACUUAGGGCAUAGCUUUUUAGAAGUAGUGCCUGGUAUGCAUUUAAGAAUUUCCCACCUUGCAGGAAACAAUAUUGGGCAUUAUGAGAUCAGAUCAAACAAUGGAUCUUCGAUCUGUGAGUACAGAGGAGAUAAUCUGCUCACUAUUGGCUCAUUUGGUGCCUGUUGUGGUACCCACCACAUCUGUUUCUGCUAUCCCUUUUGCUGUUGUAUCUGCUUCUGACGCCAGCAUGAUAGCUGCUUUGGGUUUGGGUUUCUAAGUUUGCCUCAAUAAAGCAAUAUCUAAUAGGCAAUGAAUAAAGAUUGUGAAUGACCUUCAGACUAACCAGGAACCUACACACAGGAUGGAGGACAGUAACUUAUAUACCUCUUUGAAUUCCUCCCCAGGACUACAGGAUGACUUUGGAUAAGUCCAUGUGCUCAUCUUGGUCUUCAAGGAGAAUGCUGAGAAUGCUUCUGCCUGCUCUCAGCCAGAGGCACCUAUGUCUCUGUUUUGCCUGAUAUUGUUUAAGUCAGUGGUUCCCAAACUCUUUCCCCCACUCUGACCAUUUGAACAUUGCUGAGAGUCCUUGCAGAUUUUCUGUCUGUUCUAGCAAUUAGAAUGUGCUGUGCUAAGUGCUGUGUGAUUUUUAAUUGUAUUUUUAUAGACAUGCCAUGGACCACCUGAAUGAAGCUUGUGGACCACAGUUUGGGAACCUCUGAGCUUUGCCACUCCUCUUAGCUCUUGGGACCACAAUUCCAAAUUUCAGAAACAAUUGGAAUGCUGAAUCAGCAUUCAGAUUCUAUCACCUAUCACAUUAGUGGCUUGGGAAGAGCAAGAUCCCAAUAAUGUUGACUAGGAUUGGUCCUCUAAAGCAUCACCAUUUUCCUGCUUACCUUACAGAGAUGCAGCAUUGAGAAUAACCAAGACUGAACUUGAGUGACUUGCCUUUAUAUAAUAGAAUUGCACAGCAUUUCUUCCAAUUCUGGCUGAUCCAACAACUGGCUCCUUCUUGGUAUCUACAGUGGGGAUUCCAAGGUCACUGUUGACUGCUAUGGUAGCCACUUCUUUUGUUCCAAAGCUCUUUACUCCUGCUCUUGAUGUGUACCCUCCACUGUGUUGUAUGGUCCUAGCGUUGAAUAAAGUAGACUGUUAACUUAUCCCUCCAAGUGCGAUUCUCAUAUAAGUGCAGGCCAGGUGUGGCUAACCUAUGGCCCUCCAGAUGUUGUCAGACUCCAGUUCACAAUAGCCUCAGUCAGCAUGGCCAGAGGUCAGGAAUGACGGGAGCUGUGGUUUAGGAGCAUCUGGAGGACUGCAAGUUUCCCAUUACUAGGUAGACCUUAAGAGCCUUGCUGAAUGAACCAAAGGUCCAUCUAGUCAAAUAGCCUGUUUCUUAUAGUCACAAAUCGGAUGCCUCUAGGGAAGCGAAAAGUAGGGUGGGAAGGCAAAACCUUUCCCCAUUGCUAUCCUCAAGCAACUGAUAUUCAGUGGCAUAUUCUCUUGCCCCUGGAGUUUGGAUGUAGCUAGCAUGGCUCAUAAAAUGAUCCUCCAUUAGUUUGUCUUCCCUCCUUUAUGCUAUUUUAAGCCUAGUGGUCAUCACAUCUAGGACAAUCUGUUCCUUAAUUAUGUGAUGUGCUUUAUUUUGUCCAUCCUGAAUCCUGCCAAUUACUUCCAACACCUGGUAUUAUGAGCGAGGAACAAAAAAAAAUCAUGUUCUUCUCAUGCAAAUAAUAAUCUCAACCUCUCAUGUCUUCCCCACCACCCCCCAGUGUAUUUUUCAAAACUGAAAAGCCCCAAACACCAGUUUGGCUUCAUCUGGAUUCUGCUUCAAUUGCAUGAUCAUUCUGGUUGCCUUUUUUUGGUCGCAUUUUCCAAAUGCAGUUGUACCACGGGUCAUUACAAUAUGGUCUGUUUUAUUUUAAUAAUCUUACAGUUGCUGCCCACUUAUUUUCAUUGAGCUAUUCAUCAUGACCCGAAGAUCUUUCAAACCCUAUUAGCCUGUACACACAGCCACAUGCAGCUUGUUUGCUACAGUAUGCAUAACUUCAUUUAUAUUUAACUUCAUUUGCCUUAUUAUUGCCCAUUUCCCCGUUUUGGAGAUGCCCUUUUGGAGCUCUGUGCAGUCAGCUUUGUUUUUCACCAUUCUAAACUGGUGUCAUGUGCAAGCUUGUCCAUUUCCCCCCUAAUUCCAGUUGACUUAGGAACAAGUUAAUUAGCACUGAUUCCAGUACAGGUCUUUAGAAAGUCCAUAUGUGUCUGUCUUGCAUUUCAAAAAGUGUUCACUUACAGUUCCCUGCUUCCUGUUUUUCAAUGGAUUACUAGUGAUAAACUUCUAGGUCCAUCAUAUCACUUCAGAUAGAGCUUUGGAGCUUCUGCCAAACUGUUGUCUAACUCAUCUUUCCUCAGUGAUGGUCUAUGUUUAUAUGUGGAACAAGUAAACCCCAUGGAUCGUCUCUUAUCCUCAGAAAAACAGCAGUCGUGAUCCUUUGUCAAUGACAUAGUCUUCCUGUGUGUUCAGUCUAACCACAACUUAGCAGUACCCCUACCAUCUGCUCUGCCUGAGGUGGGCAAGGACUCUUGGAGGAGAAUAGUGACGAGGACACCUGCCUGAUGACUCUUGGGAGAAUAUCUACUGAAUACAGCAAGAUGGAAGACCCAUAAAUCACUCGUAAACAUUUUUGGCUACGGAACUCAAGUAGAAGAGCUAGGAAAGACUUGCACCAGAGACCUCUGAGCCACUGCCAUCUGGAGCAGGAAAUACUGGUCUUGCAUGGUACAAAUUGUCAGGAGUGACAAUUUAUUGCAAUAUAUAAUAAAAACAUUUUUACUUGGGUUUACUAUCGCAGUUUACUAAACAACAACCAAUGUCUAAAAUGCAAAAUGUUAAACACAUUUGCAAAAUGCUAUUGUUAUUCUGAAACGGCAUAAUAAAACUAUGGUCAGUA